AUGCAUUUGCAUGGUCUAAAACUAUUAAUAGUGGUGUGCAUUAUACUAGGACAAAUACCAAAAAUACUUAGUUUAGGCGAAAAGUCACCCAGAACUUACUUCAAGGAGGUAGCUGAUUUUGAUGAUAUAGUUGAGGAAACUGACAAAAGAGACGAAAACAAAAAAGUUACUUUUACUAAUAAUGUUACAAUGGUGCCCGAUUCUGCUGGAAUAUUCCCUCAAGCACGGGUCAAACAAGACGUUAAUUUUAUUGAAAUUCAAGAACAAUCUGACCAAAAUAAUCAGGAUCAAGUUAAACCCGAAAACCUUGAAAUAUCCCCUCAAAAUAUUGGAAUAUAUCCCCAAUUUAUUUAUCCCCAACUACAAUAUGGCCAACGCGUUAACACAUUUCGAGUCCAAAAUCAAGCAGAUCAGGUAGAACAAGUGACUCAAACUGAUGAGAUUAAACUAGAAACUAUUCGCAUUUUUCAUCAAUCAAAAGGUAAAGAACGUGUCAAUGCUGAGCAAAUUCAAAACCAAGCAGACCAAACUGAUAAAUUUAAUGAAAUUGAACCUAAAAUUAUUUUUACCAAAAAACUUGGACAGCCCAAGACGUAUAGAAAAAAGACGAAAUUAAAUAAAUUUGAUAGACCAGAAUUGUACGUAAUUAGGAAAAUACCAUCGCCGAGAGGAUAUUUGGUUAUGAAGAACAAGCAGAAAAAUUAUUUAAACGAAGAUUUAGAAAAUCAAGGCAAAAGGGUAAAGUCUAAUAUAAAUCGUUACCAUCCUGAAGAACCUGUUGAUGUUGUAUUUCCGUUUAAACCUAGUAUUGAGACAGUGGAAACAACUUUGCAGUCUUCAGAAAAUCCGGAAAACGAAGACUCUAACAGUUGUAAUAUCCUGUUUCAAUUAUUUCAAGAAAUUCCUAUCAUAAAUGACAUGCUGAAAGAAUUGGUCGAAGGACAACCAACCAGAGACAUAAAUACCACUUGGAAAACCAUCAAAUGCGUUUUAAAACAACAACCGGAUAAUUCACAAAAAGAUCUAAUUGACAAACCGGAAGGUAAAAUUUGCUUCCGAAAAUUUAUAAGAAACCACAGAAGACGUCGCAGACAUUCGACAUACCUAAAUUUUCGGAAUAAAAGGAAAAGAAUUAACAAUUCUUUAGCAAAACGAAACGUUGAAGACGAUCCUAGGUUUAAAAGUAUUAUUGAUUUUAUAGUUAAAAAUAAGAUAUUUUUGGAUAAGUAUACAUAUGUACCAAUAGUAUUCUCGAAAAUUACUCAAGAUAAAAAUGAAGGUCAGAUGACUGGUUCUAUAAAUAAUAAUCAAUCGACAACAUUAUCCGCUGAACAACUUGCAAAAAUAUCUUGCGCUGAAUGUUCAAAUCAAGAAGUAGAAUCUUCAGAAAUUCCAUCUUCAACAGCAUCGAAAAGGGGUGUAUUAUCUCCAACAGAAAUACCGAUAAUAACGACGGAACAACGAGAUUUUAGCCCAUUUGCGUCUAUACAAAAUAGAGCAACAUAUCAAAGAAAUUCUUCCCAAUUAUUAUUAUCACCACCAAACCCUAAUGUAUCUAAUAUAUCUGACAUCGUGCAGUAUAUUUUUUCUGAAUUGCCUCGAGACAUAAAUAAACAAGAAUAUUAUUUUACUCCACACUUGUAUUCACAACAAAUUCCUAUUUCAAACACAUCUCACUUGAAAAAUGUUGUAGAACCAACAAGACAGGACGACACGAUAAGUAACAACGAUAAUAGUACUUCUGAAGAAAACGACAAGACAAGCGACACCAGCAGUAUCAUUUCUGAAACCUUUACAAAUCCAACAGAAAAAACAACAGACACCGUAAAUAUGAUAAAUGAAACAUUUACAGAACAAUCGGAUAAAGCAAGUGAUACCGAUAAUAUGUAUCAAGUAUUUACUCUUCCAGUAAAAAGAGAAGAUAAUGUACCAAAAAUAUCUGUUUCUUGCAUUCCUUCUACACUUGUACCUUCACCGCCAGUUUCUUGCAUUCCUUCUACAUCUGUACCUUCACCGUCAGCUUCUUGUGUUCCUCUAUCAAGUAUAUCAGCUGCUCCACUAUCAGCAGUAGCUGUUACUCCUCCAGCAUCAGCUAUUUCUCCUCCAGUACCGGUGCUUUCUCCUCCAGCACCAGCAGUUUCUCCUUCAGGAUUAGCUAUUAAUUCACCUGCACCUAUUAUACCGUUACAAACUAAUAUUUCUGGUAACCCUUCAACAGCUACAGUUAGUCCCAUACAGAAUGCUGUACUUAAUAAAGACUCAUCGGGUUCGAGUACUCCAUUUAUCGUUAUUGGAAGACGAAAUAUUUCAGAAGAUAUUUAUUUUAAACUGCCUGAUUUUAAAAGAACAAUUAACCAAACAGCUAAAAUACUAAAAGAUUCAGCAGGAUGCAGGAAGAGAAAUGUUAGAGGUGCAAAUAAUUGUGAAUCUAGUACACCUUUGAUUAUAAGUGAAUUGAGAAAUAUGUCUGAAGAAAUACUUUUUAAAAUACCAAAUCUAAAGAGAGACUUACAAAAUAACGAGACUAUACCAAAUCUGCAGUCAGUUAACAGAUUAAAAAAAGAUGUAGACAGUGAAGAAUAUGAAGAAUUUGAGGAAAGUGAUGUGGGGAGGAAUCCCGAUAAGCGUACAGCUAACGAUACUACUACAGAAGAACCUAUAAAGUUGCAAUUAACUGAAAAUUUGGGAACCACUUGCAUUCCAGUUACUGCUUUAUUGUCUAAUACAACCGGAUCUGGUCGAAAUCAUUCUAGUAAUGAAACAAUUUUAAAGAUAAAUGAAACUUUAGUGCCAAGCGAAGCAAUGCCUACUGAAAAUACAAAUUUAGGAGAAAUGUUUGUAUUCGAAAAGUCGACGGAAACAAAUAACGAUAAUAAAAAUAAUUCAAACACUUCUACUGUUAAAAUUGAUAACAACACCACAACAAUUGAAAUAAAAAAUAACUCAAAUAUUUCCACCUUGAACAAUAACACUGGAAGUGUUGAUAUAAAAAGUACGAUGAAUAUUUCUACUGUAACAAUUAUUAACACUGGGGUUACUGAUUUAAAAACCACCGAAAUAUGCACAAAUAAUACAAAAGGUCCAAUUGGUUUAAAUAAAACUAGCGACACAGGUCCAUCUGAAAUGAAAAGCGCUAACAUUGUAGGAGCGGCGAAAAGCGAUAACAGCACUCUCACAUUUAAUAUGACAUCUUCGAAUAAAACCUCAAGUAUGUCACAGAAUAUUACAACUACAACAACCGGGGACAAGCACAUGAUUCCAGGCGUUUUGAUUUAUCCAAUUAAUGAAAAUGAAAAGCCGCAGCAACUUGCAACGAAAGCUAAACGCAGCAUUUUCGAAGAGACAGAUUUAAUAGAUACUUUUACAUACACGAAUAGUGCUUUAAAUGAAAUUGAAUCUAUAACUAUCGAGGAUCCUCUUUUAAAUAUUAACAGAAAAUAUAUAGACUUCAACCCACUUAUUAUGAUGAAAAAAGAAGCAAAAAUCGACUCCAACGAGACGAACUGUCAAAAAGAAACUGAAAUGAUAUUGGAUACUCUAAAAUCAUUAAAUCUAAAUCCUCCAUCAGAAGCCUCUUCUCAAGAAGCCGCAACUAUUCCACCAACUUCAGCAUACAACGAUCAAUCAAACUUCAAUACGCCGACAGUAUCAAAUAUGAAUAUGAAUAAUUUUAACGUAAAUCCAACAGCAGCCUCUAACCCAUCGGGGUUUAGUCAACCAAAUUUUGCCAUAAAUGCAAAUUUGCAACCUGUACAAGUUUCAUGGCAAGUAUCACCAAAUUUAUCCCCAAAUAUGGGACUAGGUGAAAGUAAUAUGCCAGUUAUGGGUCAGAUGAGUGUUUCCAAAUCAGAAACACCAAGCACCACAGUUAGUACCUCAAUAUCAUCACCACCAUCUACCGCUGCAGCGUCAACAACUGUUAGUACUGUUGGUAGUUCGGCACAAGGGGAUGAAGCAUCUGCCUCUGCCAAUACAAUGACAUCUUCGGCGGAUUACGAGACAGACAGCAAACUUGAAAAACUGGAAAAAGACCUCAGACUAGUAAAUGAAGUACAAAAUAUUAUCGACGGAAUGUACAGAAUGAAGCACAAAGUGAGAAAGAGAGCAGUUGUUGAUCCUUUCGCUAUUGAUCCUCAAAUCUACAAGACUCUUAUAGAACCUAAAAUGCAUAUAACCUCUCCGGUACAACAUUCCAAUGUAAAUCCAGAAAAAUUGAAAGAGGUUAGUGGGUUAGGAAAAAUUUUAAAAUGGAAAUACCUCAAAAAUAAACAUAGAAAGAAAAGAAGACUAAGAAGAAAAAAGAGACGAAAAUAUAAACGCUUAUAUCCUUAUCGUCACAGACGUUUUUUAGGCCUACGUAUGCAAAAUUCUUCGUAA